AUUAUACAGAUCUACUAAAUAAAGCUAUGUCUAUUAUUCUUUACUUGCUCCUUUCUCAACGCAUCAUCAUCUCAUUACCUGCCGGAUCGACCUCAAAUUCGAUCCCAACUCAAACCGAUGCAAACUCCAAGCAGUACAGCCUCCUUCCUACAUCUGAAGCAAGAACGCCGCCUCAUCAACCGCGUGGCGACGGCGACGGCGAGGCAACCAUGUGUGGCUGCUGCGGCGAGUGCUGGGACAAUGUCAAGGACUGGCUCAUCUGUCUCGCCGUCGUCAUCGGCCUCAUCGUCAUCGCCGGCGUCGUCAUCGUCAUCGUCAUCUUCGGCGGGCCUCUCCGCCACGUCAGGAUCCGCGUGGAGGACGCGUCGCUCACCCGGUUCGCGCUGGUGACCACGCCCACGACGGCGCUCGCCUACAACCUCACGCUGGCGCUGACCGUGCGCAACCCGAACUGGGCCAUCGGCAUCAAGCACGACAAGCCGCUGGAGGCCGCGUACAGCUUCGACGGGCAGCCGUUCGAGCGCGUGCACGUCGCCGACAAGGGCGACAAGCAGGGUCCCCGGAAGACGGUGGUGUACCACCUGGCGUCGAGCUCGGAGGCCCGCGGCGUGGCGCUCGGCAACGCCGGCGAGGCCGAGUUCAGGAAGGAGAACGCCACGGGGGUGUUCGAGGUGGAGGUGGCGGUGACGGGGAAGUUCAAGUACACGCUGCGCAAGACCAAGUGCAAGAUCGAGGCCACCUGCCCACUCAAGCUGCAGCUCGCCGCGCCGGGGGCAACGUCCGUCGUGUUCCAGAAAGUCGACUGCGAGCUCGCCAAGUCCGACGACAAGUACUGCUAGAGAUGAUGAUUAUAUUGGUUUGCAAAUGCAUUGAUUUUGAUUUGGAGCUCAUGUGCUGUGUUUUACUCAUCCUGUCCCCCUCUUAUUGGUCCUUGUUGCAAUUGAGUUGAACUGUGUGUUGAACUCUCUCUCUCUCUCUCUCUCUCUCUCUCUCUCUCUCUCUCUCUGUGUGUGUGUGUGUGUGUGUGUGUGUUUCGCCUUUCACAUUAUUCAUUGUUUUCGAUGGCAAAUGUUUGAACAAGAGUUCUUCACAUGAGAUUUAAACAAUGCAGCAAUGUAUUCCUGUUUCACAAAC